CAAACAAGAGUCAAAACUCAGUAAAACCCCCUCUUUCUAAAACCCUCAGACAUGGCGAAGAAAGCAGAAGCAUCAUCAUCAGCUGAUUUACUAAGCACACUUGGUGAUUUCACAAGCAAAGAAAACUGGGACAAAUUCUUCAGUAUCAGAGGUAGUGACGACACCUUCGAAUGGUACGCAGAAUGGCAAUUUCUCAAAACCCCACUUCUUUCUCAUCUAUCUAACCACACCACUCAAACCCUAGAUAAGUCCAAUUCAAAAUCACCACCCCCACCCCCCUCGGCUCUUCAGAUUCUAGUUCCUGGUUGUGGAAAUUCUAAAUUAUCUGAAAAUGUCUAUGAUGCUGGAUUUCAGAACAUCACUAACAUUGAUUUCUCAAAAGUUGUCAUCUCUGAUAUGUUACGGAGGAAUAUCCGGACGAGACCGAGUAUGAAAUGGCGUGUUAUGGAUAUGACACAGAUGCAGUUUAAGGAUGGGAUUUUUGAUGCUGUUCUUGAUAAAGGAGGGUUAGAUGCUUUGAUGGAGCCUGAGCUUGGACCUAAACUGGGAACUCAGUAUUUAGCUGAGGUAAAAAGAGUUUUGAGAACAGGAGGUACUUUUGUGUGUCUCACACUGGCUGAGUCUCAUGUUUUAGGUUUACUUUUCUCGAAAUUUAGGUUCGGAUGGAAAAUGAAUCUUCACGUCGUACCUAGCAAACCAUCUAACAAACCAACUUUUCGAACCUUCAUGGUGAUUGCUGAAAAAGACAAAUCGGCUGAUUCAUACCAGAUCAAAUCGUCGGUUGAGCAGGCUUCUCUUGAUUGCGAUAAGAAUCAGAGCCGUGGUCUCUUUGAAGCGCUUGAAGCUGAGAAUAAAAUACGCAGUGAAUGCUCGCCUGGUUCUGAUAUUUUGUAUUCUCUUGAAGAUCUAAAGCUAGGAGCUAAAGGUGAUCUGAAGAAGAUCUCUUUAGGCCGCAGGUUCCUUCUUACAUUGGGUGAAGAAGGGGGGUCUCGUUUCAGUUACAAAGCUGUAAUUCUUGAUGCUAAGAAAUUAGCUGACCCAUUCAUUUAUCACUGUGGAGUUUUUAUCGUUCCUAAGGUCCGAGCUCAUGAAUGGCUUUUCUCAUCGGAAGAAGGACAAUGGAUGGUUGUGGAAAGUUCCAAAGCAGCUCGUCUAAUCAUGGUUUUCUUAGAUGCCAGACACACUCAUGCAAGUAUGGAUGAAAUCCAGAGGGACCUAUCCCCUUUAGUAGAAGAUUUGGCACCCGGCGAGCAUGAUGAUGAGUCCAAAAUACCGUUCAUGAUGGCCAGUGAUGGUGUUAAGCGGAGGAAGGUUGUUCACCAGGUCACGUCUGAUAUGACUGGACCCAUUACCGUGGAAGACGUGGUCUAUGAAAAUGUGGAUGGUGAAGGCUCUGGUGUCACUCCACCUAAAGAUUUGACAUUUCGCCGGCUUACUUUUGAAAGAAGUGUGGGGUUGGUGCAGUCAGAAGCUUUGGUAACAAGAGAAAGUCCUGGACAAACAGAGAAGAGAAAAAGCAACUCAGCGAAAUCCAGGAAAAAGGGAAACCAAAUAAGUUCUGAUCCCGAAAGCAUUCUUAAGGUUGAUCACCAUUACCUCGCCAGCUCUUAUCAUACUGGGAUUAUAUCUGGCUUUAUGCUGGCUGCCUCUAAUCUUGAAAGCAUAGCAUCAUCUGGAAGGACGAUGAAGACUGUUAUAAUUGGUCUUGGAGCUGGGCUUCUUCCUAUGUUCAUUCGUGGGUGUAUUCCUUGUUUGGAUAUCGAGGUGGUUGAAUUAGAUCCUGUAAUUGUAACCCUGGCAAGAGAUUAUUUUACUUUUACCGAGGACAAUCAAUUAAAGGUACAUGUGGUGGACGGUAUCAAGUUUAUUGAAGAUGCUGCUACUGCUGCAUCAUCUUCCAAUGAAACUAAUAUUCGCGAGAAAAUUGACAUACUGAUUAUUGAUGCCGACUCCUCCGACUCAAGCUCUGGAAUGACCUGCCCCCCUGAGGACUUCUUGGAGGAAUCUUUUCUUUUGUCAGUGAAGAAAUCUCUUUCAGAAGGAGGUCUCUUUGUUAUUAAUUUGGUCGCAAGAUCUAAAGCCAUUAGGGAGAUGGUUGUUUCUAAGCUGAAAAAGGUGUUCGGCAGCCUCUUUUACCUUCAGCUCGAGGAAGAUGUUAAUGAAGUAAUUUUUGCCCUCCCAAUGGAUGUGCCUCUUAAAGAAGAAAACUUUCCCGAAGCUGCUCUUCAACUUCAGAAGCUAUUGAAGUGUACCAACCCGGAUAGAAGCGAAAACAUUUUUAAUACCGCAAAAAAGAUCAAGUGUUUGAAAUAGAUGGGUUUAUACUAGAGUUGUCAAAUCCUUAAAAAAAAGUUUGUGUAAUUUUGAUUGUGUUUACCCUCACUACAAGGUUCUGUAUUCUUUAAUCCCAUCCAAUUUGUCUAAUAAACGGUUUCUCAUUGUCAUCAACUGACAUAUUUUGGUCUACUUGUUGGUUUGAACCAAGUAUUAUGAUUUUGUGAGGGCAUGAAAAUUGAAAAUCUGUUGGGGCUUACCCACGUCUGGGAAGCACUUAGAAAGUAGGGUAUGCCUG